AUGGGUAUGACUAUCUACCUCUCCUCCAGCAAAAAUAAACAAGCAAUGUACCUUUUCCCUUUCUUUCUUUCUUUCUUUCUUUCUUUCUUUCUUUCUAACUUUAUUGCUUUCUUUCUUUCUUUUACCUUGCUCCUUCCUUUCUUUGAUUUUACUAUCUUUUUCCUUUCUUUUUUUCUUUCUUUCUUUCUUUGCUUUUAUAUCUUUUCCCUUUCUUUCUUUCUUUCUUUCUUUUUUUCUUUCUUUCUUUGCUUCUCAUAUUUCAGUGCAGCAGAUCACACUAUCUUUUCCCUUUCUUUCUUUCUUUCUAACUUUAUUGCUUUCUUUUAUCUUGCUUCUUCCUUUCUUUGCUUUUACUAUCUUUUCUUUUUUUCUUUCUUUCUUUCUGAUUUUAUUACUUUCUUUCUUUCUUUCUUUCUUUGCUUUAGUAUCUUUUUCCUUUCUUUCUUUCUUUCUUUCUUUCUUUCUUUCAACUUUAUUGCUUUCUUUCUUUCUUUUAACUUGCUCCUUCCUUUUUUUGCUUUUACUAUCUUUUCUCUUUUUUCUUUCUGA